UGUUAGGUAAUAGUCAAUUAAGAUGGCGGCACUAAAUGCUAUGCGCUCAUCCACGAUUUGUGUCUAAGCCGGGUAACCUCUUAAAUGGUGUACUUUUUUUAUUAACAAAUUAAAGCUUCUGUCGACAGACAUAACACACCACUGUCAGAGACAUGAUUCCAUUUAGAUUUUAUAAUGCCGUCAGAGGCUUCGCGACGAAACUGGAUAAAAUUGGAAAUCUUGUUAAACAAAACAAGGUGGUAGUCUUCAUGAAAGGUAUACCGGAAGAACCCAAAUGUGGUUUCAGUAAUGCGGUUGUUCAAAUAUUGAGGAUGCACAAUGUCAACUAUGACGCGCACGAUGUUCUUCAAGACGAGGAACUUAGACAAGGUAUUAAGGACUAUACCAACUGGCCCACGAUACCACAAGUGUUCAUUAAUGGUGAAUUUGUGGGUGGAUGCGACAUCCUAUUGGAAAUGCACAGGAAUGGAGAGUUAGUACAAGAAUUGCAGAAAGUGGGUAUCAAGAGUGGUUUUGUAGAGAAAGAGGAAAAGAAAGAGGAGAAACCUAAAGAAUAAGCGCACUCAAAAUCUAGUUUGUUUUUAAUCCUGUAAAUAAAACGUUCUGUUGAUAUCUUACCUUUGUUAUAAUAAAUUUUCUUAUACCGACUCUUAGGAUUAUCAUGAACUGGUAGACUUUGAAGUCUUUAUAGAGUAUGCAUGCAGAUGGCAGCAUGUCAAUACGAAGGUAGCAAUUAAUAAACCUUCCAUGUUCAGUAAUAA